UCUUUGAAAUUAGCCGCUUUAUAAUACCCGUCUGCUUUUAUUAGCAAACAGAAGCUUGCUAGCAUAAUUUUUUUUUAGUAUUAAAAACGAUCACAGUCGCUCAUUAGUAAAUUAAAUAAUGGAUUUGAAAAGGUGAGCCAUGUAAAAAAUGAGUAACCUUUUAAGUCCGUAAUAAUCUGCGCGUUAACGAAGAGAAAGCUGGAGUUCAUUGUAAAUGUAAGCCCCUAUAGCGGGUGAUCAUUUUUGUUAUAAAGAAGUUACAUUGUUAAAAUAUCCAAACAAGUUAAAAUCUGGAUGUUUACCUAAUUUCUGUUAGCGUAAAUGGCAGGACUUGUAUUAAUUAUCUAUUGGAACAACAGUAGUAGUGGUGCUUGCGACUAAUCUAUGACCGGCCAGGUGCAGAAAAGUCGUCUGCUUGUUUGUGAACAGUGUGUCUCACUAUUUUGCAAAGCGCGACUUUCGCGAGGGAGCAAAACGACGAACUCAUUUGACGGAAACUACACCGUUUUUAAGCACAUAAUCGUUGCAGCGUUUUGCGUAAUGAUGGUAGAAAUAUUACGCGGAGCCGCUCGUUGCGACCGCGUAUUGGUUAGUCGUCGAAUCGUUCUCCCAAAAAUCGAAGAGGCAGCUGAGGGGAUGUGUCUCAUGGUGCUCAAUUGUGCCGGUAAACAAGCUCAUCAAACGCUGGAGGCUCUCAUCGAGGAGGGGAUCAUAAAAGAGGGAACAUUCAAAGAAAUCUACAACAACAUCUAUACCGUAGAGCAAUUUGCAGACACUUAUUGUGCAAGUACUUCAUUUUCCGUUACCAUUAAAGAUCAACAGAUUCGUGUAUAUUUUCAAGAGCCCUCUGAAAUCCAUGAAAAUCACUAUGGCCGUUGUACACCCGAUGGGUUUGCCUGUGGAAUUCACGACACCGACGUGUGGCACAAGCUUCUCAAAGGUCAGACGUCGACAAAUGAAUUUGUGUUAACACGGUCAUACCACAUGGACUGUGAGCCUGAUUGGACAUGUGACCACCUUCCUGUAGCUCUAUCUCCUGAACAACAAAACAUGCUAGAACUUGGGCUCCCUCUUAGUUUUGGUCAUGCAAAGACGUUCAGUCGGCUAAGUGACGAGGCCAUCGUGGCCGAACUGGAUAGCCAAAUGGUGGAAAAAGACUAUGAUAAGGAACUCGCGGAUCUAAGUUCGUCAACGGAACGUAUGAGCCUCUCGAGGUCAUCACGUCCAGAAAGCAUGGAGUUGAUUGUACGUGAUGAAGCAUGCGGUAGCCCCACACUACUGACUGACGCAAUUACUGCUGCUCAAGUUCCCAUACCUGGAUCAUUGAAAUUUGACGAGUUCAAAGAAUACUGGUCAACCAAUUGGCAGCAAAUCGUUGAAGAAGAGUGGCGGCAGCGGUAUGGAGAGUACAUGACGCAUCCUACAACAACUGAACUAGGGGUGGCUGGUCAAAGCCGUGAUGACGGCGUCGGUUUGGACACGGAUGAGAAUAAGCUAUCGUCGACUGACAAUUAUAACCUCUACUCCGGAGAAUGGGAAAAACUAUGGGUGCAAUUGGCUACUGACUUAUACUAUGCGCUCAUGAAUAAACUUGUGCCUCAAGAAGAACUUAGGGGAUUAGGUACCAAUGCACAAUAUAUGUUGACGAAAUCGAAUGAGGGAUACAUGGAGAAGCGAAAUUCAGAAACCAGUUCUGCGAGAUUCGAUACAAAUGAACAAAACAUAUCAAUGGAUUCGAAGGCGGGACCCAUCAAGCAGGGUACUAUCGGAUCUGGUACAGAUGAGCAAAAUAUAUCGAUGAUUAGUCAGGGAGAUUCAGAAACCGGAGUGCAGGGUUCAAGAAAAGAAGAGGGUAAAACUUCAAGCAAUAAAAGACCGUUAUCCUUGAGUGAUUUUGGAGUGUCUAUGUCGGAGGGCUUUUGUAGCAUUCAACAACGUUUCGUUAAAAACCAUAAGCUUAAAAAAAUAAAGAAGGAGAGCCAUAACCACGAGAAGGAUCCCAAUGGUAUUAGUGCUGACGCACUUGAGGAUGCUCCGAAAGAUGCUAGAAUCGCCAAGUAUUGGGGCCAACGUUAUCGAUUAUUUCGUAAAUUUGAUGAUGGCAUCCAAAUGGAUUACGAGGGAUGGUUUAGCGUUACGCCAGAGAAGAUUGCGGAACACAUAGCAAACAGAUUGUGUCCUCGUGGCAGGAGGAAAAGUAUGCUGACCAUGGAUGGAUUUUGUGGCGUUGGAGGUAACACAAUUCAGUUAGCCGUGCGCUCACCAAUUGUACUUGCUGUUGAUAUUGACGUAAAUAGGAUCGCAAUGGCUAAAAAUAACGCAAAAGUGUAUGGGGUCGAUCGAAAGGUUGAGUUUGUUGUUGCAAAUAUGGAACACUUCGUACCGCGAGUAGCACCCGAUGCAAUUUUCAUGAGUCCGCCUUGGGGAGGUCCGGAAUAUAAAAACAAGGGCACAUUUAAACUUGACGAUAUGUGUGUUAAAUUUAGAGAAAUCUUUCGCGUUUAUCAGGCUUUGUCACCAAAUCUGGCAUUUAUAGUGCCCCGGAACACAAAUCUAGAACAAUUAUGCGAAUUAGGCAGAGUUGAAGUGGAGCAGAAUUUGCUAAAUAAAAAAAUCAAAACAAUAACGGCAUAUUAUGGAAACCUUAUUUGCAAAUAAAGCUAUCCAUUAAAAAAUAAAUGAAGCACAAAGCAGAAGCUGAUCCUUAAAGUCUCCGCGGUUUCUUGAGAUUUGGUCCGCUCUUGCAAAAGCUUUCCCUAAACUUAACUAGGUUUACUCAUGGUUUUGCUUUCGCCAAUUUAGCGCUGUGAAGACAGACGCCAGUCUAAUAUUCCUGAGUUCUUUAUUCAUUUCUAACCAAUAGUAUAAUAUUGGAUGUAUUAAAUAAAGGCUAACACGAAUAUUAUUUUUUUACUAAUUUGAAGCCACCAUUGUUCGAACUAGAGAAGUGUCGAAGUGAUGUAUAAAUCGGGAUAGAAAAGGUACGAUAGUGCAAAUACGUAGAUAAUUACGCAGGGAAGUUGUGGGCUAAAGCGAAAGCUACUUUGGUGACCAGACAAAACCAAAAGGUCCGCCUGAAUUAUUUUACAUAAGUUUUAUGUGAAUUAGAGUUUAUUCAUAGUAACUUUUCAAGGACCAGUUCUUUAUUAAUUGUGGUUAUGUAAUGUUAUUUGAAGAGUGUUCCUCGUUGCUUUUUAUGUACAAAAUGUUAACGAACAGUUUCAACCUUGUAUGCAGGAACAAUUGUGAUAGCACUUUAAUGCUUGAAUUUAAAUCAGUUUAGUUGCGCUACCUAUGGAACCCUAUUGUACUAUUGUGACAAAUUGAAAUGACGAAUUUAUGAUGAUGUGUUCCUCUCGUAGCCGUUCGUAACGGCACCAUAGUUGGUAAUAUCAAUAGCCCGGAGUAAACGUGCGUCUCAAGAGCGGUCAAGUGAGCCAUAUACAGGAAGUCCCGUUUUGGUGGUGAGUGGUCCUUCCGUCCCCGGGAGCCACCGACUUCCAAAUGAUUAAAAAUGACUUUCCUUGCAUUUUCCCUUAUUUCUCAGCCCUGUGUUUAAGCUGCCGGAUUACCAAAGCUGUUUGGGAUUCUAAGGUAUCUCCGGCGCAGUGGUUUUCAACGUAGAUGCCCUCGGGCCAUACGUAAAAGACAAACGAAGCUGUUUUGGACAUCGCGAUUUUAUUGUAUUGUUGUCGAUAGGAUGGAGGUAAGCAUUUUAAUAGUUAUUAAUUAGAUAUAGCAAAUAGCUGUGCUGCAUGUCCACUUUAAUCACACAAAGAUGUUUACUUGUCUAUUAGAGAGGUUUCGAGCUUUAUGAUUUUACUUCAUUGAAAUAUUUGCAAAUAAAGGCAAAUGCUUAACAACAGUACCACAGGAAGAAGUCGAAACAUUCAUUUUAUUUGUAUAAUGGAUAGCUAUUAUGAGCAUUUCCCGUAAUAGAUUUAAUUACCUUAUUUACGACGGAACUAUAAUCAUGUCACCGCAAAUUAUUACAGAUUAGAUUAAUUCAAUCCAUUAGGUCGUUAUAUAAAUUCUGGAUGUAGUGUGCAUUUUGUCAUCUUGCCGUGUCAGUCCUUUACUAAUUGUUCAGAUAUAAUGUACCGAUGUGUAAGUGUCCCACUAUGAUCUACAAAUCUGUCGCUAUUCUUUUAUAUGGAUAACGCAGUUUCAACGUCGCAAUGUCCAAAAAAUUUGCUUUAAAAGAAAUUUUUAUUGGUCAGGUGACUUCCUAUUGUGUUAAAAAAGGACACGUCCAUAUUUAAAGUUUUCAGACUUUUCAUUGAAAAAAAAUUGAACAGGUUAUUCUCUUAAUUGCUCUAUUAAAACCAAAGUUGAUACACUCAGACUUCAUUUUCUUAUUAACGUUAAAGAUUUUAUAUUGAAGUAUAGUGACUAGAACCUUUUGUUCAUCCAUAAUAGCUGUUAAUUUCUACUGGUGAGACCUUUUCUCAACUCAACUGAAACCUUAAACACUCUAAAUUCUUACUCUGGUCGAAAGAAUGAAUUAACAUAAAGCACAACCGUACUGAUGGGACGUCUCUUUCGUAAAUUACCUGAGAAAUCCUGUCGAUAGCGGCUCCUAAUUUUUCAGGAAGUA